AUGAGAGGGACUUGUACAAAAAAUGAAUUUAUUCAAAUUGCAACAGUUGAUCCUGAAACUCCUGCUUAUAUCAGUGGUGCUCUACCUGGAGAUAUUAUUUGUAUUCUCGGCGCAAGAAGGGAAGAAGUUUAUAAAAUUUUGGAUCUUUUUUCUGUUGGUGAAUUUGUGAAUUUUCAGCUUUGUCGUGGCUAUGCCAUGCAAGAGACAGUGGAUAAUCGAAUUUAUAUAAUGCGCGGCAUUUCUAGCUGUUAUUUUUCAUUCAUCACUAGUCCAGCUUGGCAUUAUUUGUUGGUUGAUAAAGAUAAGAAAAAAGCUUUUCUUGGAAAAUGCAAGACGGGCAGCAUGGAUGUCGCAAAUUAUGGACAAAUUUUAUAUUCAGGAUGGGGUAAAGAUCCUCCACAGGACAUAAAAGAUAAACUUAACGAAGAAUAUGGGACUGGAUCUGAAGAAGCAGAUCGGAUUUAA